CCUGAAAUUCAAUUCAACGCAUUGAAAUUUUGAAGAUGUGUAAGAAUUCUGGAAAAGAGAUUUAAGCAUACAAAUAGAGAGAAGAAAUGGCACAGGCGAGUAAAGAGCCCUGUAAGAAACAGGCUUGCGAUAUUCAAGCUUGUCUUUCCAAGAACAAUUUCCUUCCUCAAAGGUGUGUAAAAGUGAUUGAAGCAUUGAAAUAUUGUUGUGAGCAAUGUGAAUACAAGUCAACACAUUGUGCUUCUCUGUCUGGGCUGCUUAAGCAAAUACAGAAAAAAUAGAGUUCAAGGCUACAGUUGGCUUCAGACUUCAGAUAACACCAUAUCCUGGUUGUGUUCUUCGUGGCAGAGGAGGAGCCAACGUGAGUUGCUUCUCAGAGCCAAACAUCUUGCGACUUUAUGGACGUUCUCAAUGCAAUCAAGAAAGCUGGAUCACUACUCAAGUGAUUAUUGAUUUUAGUUUCAUUAUUAGGAAUCUGAGUAUAGAAGUUGAGAAUAUAUUUCAGCUGUAUGACAUAGUUAACAUAGCUGUUGAACCUCAUAAGCGAGCGGCAUACUUAAUUUCUUUAGCAAAUAAAUAGUAGUGGUGGAGAUGGUUGUGGCGAACUGAACUCAUAGAUAGAACGCAUUGUCUCAUUUAGACCAGCUUGCCUUGUAUACACAAAUAGCGCAAAAUUUCUCAGUCGGCAUCAUAUAUUUUACUAUUCACAAGAAAAAAUUAGAAUGAAGCAAAACAUAAUUUUGGAUAUUAGCACAUUUGUUGCCUAGAGUUUAUAUAUUGGCUCGAUUUUUGGUAACUUGGUUCAAUAGGUUAACUUUUUUUCAAAUUAUAUUUCAACCCUCCAAUUAAAAGCAAUCCCAUGUUCAACAAGGACCAUUUUAAUGGGUCUGCAUCCCGUGCUAAAGUUUAACUGCUUGCGUUCGUGUCAUUUCUUGCAGUAAGGAUUGCUGAAUGACACGCUGCUCUGGACUCUAGAGUAUAUUAUAAGUACAUAUUACUAACUGGCAGAGUGUAAUCACUACAAUUGCAUAGUUCUGUAGAUUUUCAUGGCCUUGGUAGAAAACCGCUUGUUACUCUUCACUACAUAUAACAAAAAGCAGUCCAUAGAAUACAAUUGGUGUGGUCUCUUCUUGGGAGAAGAAGAAGAAUUGAGCAGAUGAAUUUGGGUGGUAAAAACGGUUUCCUGUACCAGGUGAAAAGAAAAGAGAGG